UAAAAUAUAUCAUUCAUCUAUUAGUUUGAUAAUAAUCAAAAAAGUCCACAUUAAUUAUCAUAUAAAACCACAAUUUAUUACCAUAUUAUUAUAAUAUUUCAACAAUAUUAUUUAAUUUUGAGCACUGGGCUAUAAAUUAUACAAUUAUAUCCUUAAUAUCAAAAUGAUGAUCAAUAUAAUGGACAAAUUCGGCCAGCUCAAAAGCCUGACCACAAACCUGGGCCACGAGCUUAAACUAUUUUACGUGUUCGACGAUUACCUCGGUAAAAACUACAUUUACUUGACCAGGGACGAUCAGUGUUACGCAUUUGGGUCCAACCACUGCGGGUGCCUCGGGUUAGGCCACAAUCGUGAAGUGGAGGAGCCGCAGCACGUACCCCAACUAAGUCACCUGGGUGUCAUAGAGUUUUACCGUGGUUGCGAUUUUAUGUUUGCCCGUACCAUACAAAACGCGUACUACUGUUGGGGCGCCAACGAGUGCGGCCAACUCGGUCUGGGACUCGUAGGUCUGGCCGGCGAUUACUACAGCCCCACACGUAAUGAGUACCUGAGCGCCGAGGGUGUGGUGUAUUUGUGCUGCGGUUAUAAGCAUGUGCUCGCCCUGUCGGAGAGUGGCCAGGUGUAUGGUUGGGGCGAUAAUGGUAGGGGCCAAGUGGGAACCGGCGUGGCUGGCAAUAUUGUACAUAUACCGACUAAGAUUACCAUGGGUGACAAGGACCACAUUGUAAAAACAAUAGCCACUGGCGAGCAUCACUCGGUGGCGUUAACCAAAAACAACCUAGUGUAUGUAUGGGGCGCAAAUGAGCAUGGCCAAUUGGGCACUGGCAACUACACAGAUUAUACCAAACCUGGAGCAAUAGAUACUAUGGAUUAUAACGUAGUCAAAAUGAUAUGCAACAAAAACAGCACCUAUUAUCUGACCCAGCAAGGUCAUAUUUAUUAUUGCGGUCAGCGUUAUGUAGAUGGCCGGACAGAUAGCGUGCCCACAUUGACCACAUUGGACACUGACAAUAAUGUACCUUUACUUCCCGUCCAUAUGCUGUCAGUUAUUAGACUAUUUCAUUUAUUUGACGACAAAAACGGUAACAAAAACUUAAUAUACAUCACAAAUGACGACACGGCCUACGGGUUGGGCGCCAACACCGAUGGCAUACUAGGACUCGAGCCCACAGGGGCUCCAAUUGAGGAGCCCUUAAUCAUACACAGCCUGUCGGGCAAAUCAAUCACAAACUUCUACACCGGACAGGGAUUUAUGAUGGCUAUGACUAAACAGCACCGGGUGUUAGUCUGGGGCGACAACCGUAAGGGCCAACUCGGCUUAGGUCACGAAAGUCAAUACCAAAAGCCCUGUAUUAACGAUACGCUUACUGAGCUCGGCGUACAGGAGUUGAGCUGCGGCCGCGACCACACGCUAGCCGUCACAGUUGACGGCCAGCUGUACGGCUGGGGCGGCAACGAGUGGGGUCAGGUCGGGGUCGACGUGAACGACCCGCAUAUAUCGCAGCCAACGCGCGUACCCUUACAUAUCCGGAUCAAAUCGGUGUCGGCCGGUGCCGACCAUACGAUGGCGCUGACCACAGGUGCCUCAGUUUAUUACUGGGGCCGUAAUAACUACGGCCAACUCGGUCACUAUGGGUGUAGGGGUGAAUACGGGCCCAACAGUAUAUUGAUGAGCAAUGUCCGGACGGUGGUGUGCGCGGGCAAUAACAGCUAUGUAUUUACUAAUUAUGGUGAAUUAAAUGUCUACGGUGAACUGGUGUGUCAGCACCAUUUAAGCAAAUCCCAGGCCAGCUUCCCGGUGCCCGGCAAUGCCAAGUACGUAGAGCUCGAACCGGUCACCAGCACCGGUAUGGUAUUGGCCCGAUUUGACGAUUGUGUUCACGAGAUUAAGCCCAACGAGGUGGAGCUGGAGGAAUUGGGCAAGGUGUCCUAUAGAAAUUACCUAGCUCACGAGUAUGGGGUGACAUCUAGGGCGAUUCAUUUAAAGGCGUAUGAUAUGAUCAAAUCGCUGGGUACAGGCACUUUUGGUCCGGUGUUUAAGUGCCGCAAUAGACAGACCGGCUAUGAGUAUACCGUGAAAAGGUUUAAAUGCCCAGGUCUAAGCGCGGACAAACGUGAUCAACUAGAAACCGCGUUGAACCAGAUCAAAAACACGCGCAACAUCUACCUAGCACCCGUAGAAAACUACUGGAUAGAAAAAAGCAAAUACCUUUACAUCGAGAUGCAAUACUACGAGAAAACCAUGUUAGACAUUAUGAUUGACAAACCGCACGCUUUUGGGCGCCGUUUUGGCCAAUCCAUGUCUACCGUUGAGAUGUAUAUCACGUGCGAUCUGUUUGCCCAACUCCUGGAGGGAGUGGACUAUUUACACAGUUUACAGACCCCUGUAGUACAUCGUAACCUCAAAACGACCAACAUUUUUGUCACUGAAAGUUGCGCCGAUGGUAGUUUUAUUAAGAUAGCCGACUUUGGUUAUGAAAAGUUUGAUAAACUAGGCGUUAAGCCCGUUGUUGAUCAUACUUUUGAUGGCCUGUUAUCCAAAUAUACAGCGCUAGAAGUGAUUAAAGGCCGUAAAUAUGGUCAAAAUGCCGACGUUUAUAGUCUGGGUAUUAUCGGUGAUGAGUGGUUUGAGGUUAAUUCAACGUGGUAA